AUGCCGGCCUCUGGGGAUGAUGAGAUUACCAACUUGGUCGCCGAUAUUGUCGCUGCCUCCAAGCUGGCCCCCAAGGCGCGCGCAACCCUCAUCAAGCCGUCCAUCAACAGCCUGGCGUCGCUCGCGUACGAGCGCGGGCUGCUGCCUGACGCGCUCGACGCGCUGCUGGAGCUCGUCACCACGCCCAGCCUACUGGACCAGGCGAGUCUGGGCGUGCUUCUGCGCGGGCUUUACCCGGUGACGCGGGUGUCGGCCGCGUGCGUGCUGCGCGUCGUCGGCGCGCUGGGCCACGGCCGGCUGAAGCCGGCCAUGGCGAUCCAGGCGCUGCUGCUGCGGUGGCUCGUCAUGGUGUACCACGUACUGGAGACGCCGGGCGUCUUGUCGCAGGCAUACCCAGUGCUGUUCAACCUCCUGGACACGGCAGCGAUUCGUCCCCAGCUGACGCAUCUCCUGGCGCUGAUUACGAGGAGAAAGCACGUGCGACCGUUUCGCAUUCAGAAUCUGUUGAAUUUAUCGCGGCAAACGGGUAAUGACCCAACGCUGGUCGGCUUGCUGCGCGUAUAUAAAGACUACUAUCCGGAAAUCAUUGUCGGCGAGGCAGUGCGUGGGCGUGCGUCUGCGUUCAAGCAUCCCGAUCCGUCAUGGCGAGAAAGGCUGGACGCGCUGCAAGAAGCGCACAUACAACAGACGCAAGAGCGCAUGUCCCGCCUGCGCGACGCUUUCCGCGUGCACAAGACUGUCGGUCGCGGCUCGAGAACCAAGGCCCUGCCGUCUGUGCAUACAUCACACGCAACCGAGGACUCGAUCACACUGGAAGAAAUCGAAAACGUGCAGAGCUUCGUGGAAAAGAUGGACAGGCUCGAGCUGCCCAACCAGCUGGUCGCAGUGCUGGCCGACCCGCUGCUCCAGAAGCUGCUGCUGCUGCGGCCGAGCGGCGAGUCGUUUCUGCGCGUCGCCAACUGGCUCAACGCGGCGCUGCAGGACGUUGUCGACGGGGACGCGGACGAGGCGACGUUGUGGGAGAUGAUGGAGGUUGUGCGGGACUUUGUCGUGCAGACCAAGAACUUGCCGUCGACGAUACUGAAUUUCUUUGCCCGUUUCUUUCAACUCUGGAGCGGCUCGGGAAAUAAAGACUGCAUUUUCGAGAUUCUGGCGUAUUCGCCCCUCCAUGACUUUCAAGAACUAUAUCAGUCUAUUUUCCAGCCGCUUGAAGCUGCCGUUGCCGAUAACCAGCCGGCCACGCAGCUGGGCUUGCUCAACAUGUACACCAACCUCGUCCAUCACUGGGCCUCUCUUUUAAAAUCGAGCAAGAAUAUCCCGGCACAUGCGAGCCGGACCAUUACCAGCACCGUGCAGCAUGCCGGCACGCUCGCCCUCACCCUCCUGCAGACCAGCCCGACGCUGUCCAGCGAGUCGGCCAUCCUCGCCUUCUACGAGCAGAACAUGGCGCUGCUCACCGACGACACGCUCAAAAACUACAUUUGCAUCGAGCUUCCACCUUCUGCUCUCAUCUACCUUCUCGUCUUUAGCCAGUCGCUGGCGACCGUCGCGCGCCUCUGCCACAUCAUGGCGUCGUACAAGAAGGGCUUCGAGACGGCCAUGAAGAUUCGCGGCAACCCCGACACGCCGACCAUUGACGCGUCGUCGUACACGCACCUCGAGGUGACCCGAUAUAACGGCAACCUGCUCGACAUUGUCAACCUGCACUGGCGGAUGCACGCGUUUAGUGUGGAAAAGGAGGUGGAGCAGGGGUGCAUGGUACCGGGGCCGGCGCGCGCGCGGCUCGAGCGGUACGUGGCGGCGGUGGACCGCGGGUUCACGCUCGCGAGCAUGCUCUCGCUGUCGUACUCGCCGCAGUUUUGCCUGCAGAGCAUCGAGACGCUACGUGCGCUCGAGGACCGCCAGAUUGCUGUCGAUGCGGCCAUUGAGACGCGCCACGCUGGGCCCGUCUCGCAGGACAGCCUGCGCAAGCUCGGCACUUCGGGCGGCAUCCGCAUCGGCUUCAACGGGUAUCGGGCUAGCGUGCUGGAGACCCUGCGAGGCAAGGGCCUCGGCGGCGUGGAGGAGCUGCUCAAGGUGAGCAUGCCGUCGGUGGCCAAGGCGAUUGAGAGCCGGGCAGGCAGGCCAACGUAA